AAAACAAGAAAAGGAAAAAAAAAGAAAAAGGAGCUGAGUUUUUUUUUAAAGAAAAUUCAGCUCAUAAUCAGAGUUGGCUCUUACAAAUUCUUAUCCUUUUUUUCACUAAUUAAUAAAUCCCAAAAUUUUUAAAUUUUUUUUUCCCUUGUUAUAUGAUUUGAUUUUUGUUAUCCUAUUACACUUUUAAUUGUCUUGAUAGGUCCCAAGAUUCCCCUUUUUUCUUUUCUCUUCAAAAAAAUUUUCCCUUUUGAAUUCUUGAUAACUUUUCAAGAAUGUCGAUUUGUGAUGGUGAUUUGGUGGAUUCCAACAAUUCUUUUGCUAAGCAACGUGAAAAGAUUAUUAUUGAUACUGAUCCUGGUAUUGAUGACAGUAUGACAAUACUAAUGGCAUUUCAGACACCAGAAGUUGAGAUCAUAGGCUUGACUACAAUCUUUGGCAACGUUACCACAAAAGAUGCUACACGAAAUGCUUUACUUUUGUGUGAAGCUGCAGGAUAUCCGGAUGUUCCCGUGGCAGAGGGUAGCCCUGAACCUCUAAAGGGAGGGGAACCACGUGUUGCAGACUUUGUUCAUGGCUCAGAUGGAUUAGGCAACUUAUUCUUACCUUCUCCAAACUCAAAGAAAAUCGACAAGUCUGCAUCUGAAUUCUUGGUGGAAAAAGUUUCUGAAUAUCCUGGUGAAGUGUCGAUACUUGCACUGGGACCAUUGACAAACUUGGCGUUGGCUGUCAAGAGGGACUCAACCUUUGCAAGCAAGGUGAAGAGAGUGGUUGUUCUCGGUGGUUCCUUCUUUGCUUUAGGAAAUGUUAAUCCUGCCGCAGAAGCAAAUGUAGGUGAUUUCUCUCCCGACGGGAUAUAUGGGGACCCUGAGGCUGCUGAUGUUGUGUUUACAUCGGGGGCAAAUAUUGAUGUUGUCGGCAUCAACAUUACUACUCAAGUCAAAUUGAAAGAUGCUGAUCUUGAAGAACUAAAGCAAUCCAAAGGAAAAUACGCUAAAUUUGUGUGCGAUAUGUGCAAAUUUUACCGUGAUUGGCACGUGAAAUCAGACGGUGUCUAUGGUAUUUUCCUACAUGAUCCUGUUAGCUUUGCUGCACUAGUUUGGCCUGAACUUUUCACCUUCAAGAAGGGCGUCGUGAGGGUUGAGACACAAGGCAUCUGCGUUGGACACACCUUAAUGGACCAAGGGCUAAAGAAGUGGAAUACGAGCAAUCCUUGGACAGAUUAUUCCCCGGUUUCAGUUGCGUGGACAGUUGAUGUGGACGAAGUUCUGGAUUAUAUAAAGAAAACGUUAAUGAAACCGUGAUUACCAUUGGAUUUAUCGGUCUCUUCCAUGUGUGAAUCUGCUCGGGAGAUCGAGGAACGUCGUGUUUUCUAACAUCUAUUACAGCAAUUGUUCUUAAUCUUCAUUUUUCCUCCAUUCCUUGCAACUAAAUAAACCUCAGUUCUGAGAAUUAUGUAAAGGGCUUAUAAAAUAGGGUAUUAUAAAGUUAUACUUCCUUCCAUUUUUUUUUCUUUAUUUUUUGUUUCGGAUCGAUAUUUUCACUCCUUUGCUAUUGACCUCAUGUUUAACCAGAGGUUUCUAGUUCGAGCUUUAGAAACAACGAAAUUCUUGGUAUAUACUAUAUUUCCACUC